AUGGACGCCCCGAGCCCUGUGAACCGACGAACGAGAAGAGGUGAUGCCGUGGCGGUUACGGGCACCACGAGGCACCAUUUCCCAACGGGCAACCAAGCCAGUCGGAAGAGUCAUGAAUACUGCAGGGCGUCUUAUGAUCUAGGAUUGGGUUGCUGGAGGAAGGUCAAGCGACUCGCCACUGUAUGGUCUGUGCGGGGCUGA